AUGAACUCCCACAACCAUCAACUCCAUCAACCAUCAACUCCCACAACCAUCAACUCCCACAACCAUCAACUCCAUCAACCAUCAACUCCCACAACCAUCAACUCCAUCAACCAUCAACUCCCACAACCAUCAACUCCAUCAACUCCCACAACCAUGAACUCCAUCAACCAUCAACUCCCACAACCAUCAACUCCCACAACCAUCAACUCCAUCAACCAUCAACUCCCACAACCAUCAACUCCCACAACCAUCAACUCCAACAACCAUCAACUCCCACAACCACGAACUCCAUCAACCAUCAACUCCCACAACCAUCAACUCCCACAACCAUCAACUCCAUCAACCAUCAACUCCAUCAACCAUCAACUCCAUCAACUCCCACAACCAUCAACUCCAUCAACCAUCAACUCCCACAACCAUCAACUCCAUCAACCAUCAAAUCCCACAACCAUCAACUCCAUCAACCAUCAACUCCCACAACCAUAA